GUUAGUUGUUUAUAAGAAUUAACAGUAUAGACGAUAUAACUCGUGGAUAAUUUUGGCGAUCAAUGACUAAAGCACAAUGAUCCAGACCGACGUUUAAAGGUGUGCCCUUGUAAUACCACGGGAUCAGAUAAGUCCAAGUCCGUGGUAGUACCGAGGAUCACUGUUUCUUGCCGUAGCCGAACACGAUUUCUUUGUCUAACUUACGAAUUGGAUAUGUUUGACUGGUGUCGACAGUAGCUUUAUUGUUGAGUUAAAAAGACUCCAAGUCUUCUUUCUUUUAUACUGACGUGGCGUCACAUGGUUUGUCCCGCAUGAGUAGCCUGUAUUGUACGUACCCGUAGUACUAAGAUUAGACUGUGAUACGGAGAGAAAGUUAUACUGGAAAAUGAUCCCCAUUGAUCUAAAAAUUCAGUCGCAAUAUGAACAUUAUUUUUCACGGAUGGUUUACAAACUGGAGAAUAUCAGAUGCCAAAGGCGUGAAUCUGAGAUGGAGAGAAAGGACCUCGCGAGCAGAUUUAUUGAUCCAUGUACAGGAUGACUGAAGCUUAACUGGAUUCGAGCGGAAGUCAUCGACCGGAAAUACAUAUAAUUCAACAGGAAGUAGAUGUUACUAUGUGAAUAAGUCUGUUGCGUCGUAUCUAUGAAGUCUAUAUAUAAUGUAAAAUACAACAGAGUCUGCAUACAUGAUAAGUAUGGUGUUUAACGACGAACAUUUGAGAAAAAAUCGCAGUCGUAACAAAGUUACCACGGAACAACGCCGGAAGUAGCUACGGUGAAGAGAGGCCAGUUUUGAUGAGGGCUUUAACGCGAUACAAGUAUGCUCACAUCCGAGUGUUUCGUCCGAUGCGGAGAACGAGACGGACGUUCUGUGUUGUAUCCUGUACAGUAUUGUUGUUCGGGUUGUGUACGUUGCUAUUGGAAAUAUUCAACACAUCCGAUCGAUAUCGGACGUUAUCCAUGGUUCCCUACAGCGGUAACCUAAGUGAGUUGAAAGAACACCAUCUGGUCUCCUCGGUGACAAGAGCCCAAACACUUGUUCGAGAACCCGUGUUAAUAGCAAUAAAUGAGAAACCAGUCCAACAUAAGCAUUAUAAUCAUUCUAGAGUUGUUCAAACGUCACCUGGACACCACAAUUCAAAACAUUCGCCGUCAAAUUUAACUCAUAAUCUCAGCAUAGUGUCCAAUAUAUCACAGAAAUUAAUUAAUGGGACAGUCGUGAGCGCUACAAAUAGCGGAAAGAUCGUAACUCCGGUUAACAUGACGUCAUCAGAUAGUAAACCACGUAAUACAUCAGUAGUUUCUAAAGGAAACGUGGAAAAUCAAGGAAUCAAAGCGAAACGAAAAUCUAUAUAUUUAUCGUAUAAAGUGAAUUUCGUGUAUCCUCUUGAUAUCAAUAUUGCGGCGCUAGUGAACGAUACGAUUCAGGGACUGGAAUAUACAAAACACAAACCCAUCAAUCCACAUAAUUUCUGGUACCUCCAUAAACCGUAUAACUGUGCAUUCAAGCUUAAACCAAAUGCGACAAAGAACGUGCUAGUGCUGGUGAAAUCUUUCGUCGGCAAUGUGGCACAAAGAAUGGCGCUACGAACGUUAUGGCAGGCCACCAACGAUUCCAAUAUGAGGCGUGUGUUCAUGUUGGGAUACAACCGGUCCCACCAGCUUGUCGUGGACAACGAAAGCAGGAAAUACCGCGACAUCAUCCAGGAAAACUUUGUGGACAAUUACAUGAAUAAUACAUACAAGACAAUCAUGGCAUUUAAUUGGGCAACCAAGUAUUGUCGUCGCGCGCAUGCUAUUCUUUUCCUUGACGACGACUAUCUUGUAAACAUGACUGUCAUGGCGGCGCACGUUAGGACAUCGUACAGGAACCAAAGCUCAGGACUUUACGCGGGAACGCUUGCCAAACAUGCGCCCCCUUACCGAGACAAAAAUGAACGAUGGUACCUCAACUUUAAGCAAUAUCCGUACGACGAAUUUCCGCCCUAUGUUGGCGGUGGUGCUUACAUUGUUUCUUUUGAUGUAGCCAAAAGGUUUAAAUUUGCUUUUCCGUAUGUGCAAUAUAUGGGAAUUGACGACGUAUAUUUAGGCAUUGUGGCUCGUAAAUUGGGUAUAGAAGCCAGUAACGACCCUUAUCUCGACGGUCAUAGUAAGGUUACCAUAGCGAAGGAGUGCUCCCAUAAUGCAACAGAACUUCUCAAAAGAGUUUGUCCACUAGGGAUAAUAAAAAAGAAAAGAGGUCGGACCUACAGACGUGUCAGACAUAAACCCGUUAACGCCUCCAUUUUUGUUUUGUGCUUCUGUAUAGCUAUUAGCGCUAUCGUACUGUUGACAUGUUGUGUAGCUGAAUAAUUAAAAAAAAACAUUAAAUCAGAUUUAUUGAAAAGUUUGUUCCAUUAUGUGGGGGUUUUGUU